CGGCCUUGUUCCCCUCUGGCAUUCGUCAGAUGACAGCAGCAAUUAUCAAGCUAUUUUCUGUCUUUGACCCGCAGCUCUGUGACGCACGAGGAGCCGCAGGAGCACACGGUCGGUCCAGCCGCGGCCUGCAUGAACCACACACACUGAGGUGCUCGAUCAUGCUGGAAGACGUGGUGAAGGCGAAGCUGUCUCCGGCCAGAGGACGAACGCGGCGGCAGACGUCUGAGCACGAGGAGAGUCGCGGGAUGGACCCGAUGGACAGCAGACGGCGAGCGCAGAGAGAGCGAACCGCAGCCAAGAGCCGAGACCUCUCACGAGACGACCUGCUCUUCCUCCUCAGCAUGCUGGAAGGAGAACUGCAGGCCAGAGACGAGGUGAUCACCGUCCUCAAAGCCGAUAAAAUCGAUCUGGCUCUGCUGGAGGCCAAAUACGGCUUCGUGACGCCGCCGAAGGUGCUGCAGGCGCUGCAGAGAGAUGCCAUCCAGGCCAAGAACAGCAGCUGGCAGGAGGACAUCUACGAGAAGCCCAUGAGCGAGCUGGACAGGCUGGUGGAGAAGCAGCGGGAGACCUACAGACGGAUGCUGGAGCAGCUGCUGCUGGUGGAGCGAGCUCACAGACAGACGCUCCACCGCCUCGAGGACGAGAAGAGGAACCACAGCGACUUCAUGAGGAAGAGCGACGAGUUCACCGGCCUGCUGGAGCAGGAGAGAGAGAGACUGAAACUGCUCAUUGAUCAGGAAAAGACAUACCAGGAGAGAAAGGAGGAAGAGAACAAUAAGAAAGUCACAAAUCUGAAGGACGAGCUGACCAAGCUUAAGUCCUUCGCCCUGCUAGUGGUCGAUGAACAACAGCGGCUCGCCGAGCAGCUGACCCAACAAACUACGAAGGUCCAGGAACUCCAGAAUACUGCCACUCAGGCCCAAGAGGAGCUGAGCUCCGCCCAAAUCCGGUUGCAAGAAGAGGAGAACAAAGUCCUUCGCUUGGAGGAGGAGUUACGCAACCAGGCCUGCCAUUUCCACCAAGAGCAGGAAGCCAUGACUGCCAAACUGACCAAUGAAGAUGCCCAGAACAGACAGCUGCGGCAGAAGCUCUCCUCACUCAGCCGGCAGUUAGAUGAGCUGGAAGAAACCAACAAGACCCUGCACAGAGUGGAGGAAGAACUGCAGGAGCUACGUGAUAAAAUCAGCCGAGGGGAGUGUGGCAACUCCAGCCUAGUGUCGGAGGUGGAGGAGUUGAGGAAACGAGUGCUCGAAAUGGAGGGGAAGGAUGAGGAGCUGAUCAAGAUGGAAGACAUGUGCAGGGACCUCAACAGAAAGCUGGAGAAGGAGUCAAGCCAGAGCUGUAGCUUAAAAGCAGAGGUGGACAAGCUGAAUCACAGAAUCAUGGAACUUGAAAAGCUAGAAGACGCCUUUGGGAAGAGUAAGCAGGAGUGCAAUUCACUGAAAAGCAACCUAGAGAAAGAGCGGACCAUGACUAAACACAUGUCCAAUGAACUAGAUGUGCUGAGAGUCAGAAUCAAAGAGCUUGAAGCUACCGAGGUUCAUUUGGAGAAGACGGAGCUGGCACUGAAAGAGGAUCUGACAAAACUGAAAACACUGACUGUCAUGCUGGUGGAUGAGAGAAAAGCUAUGGCCGAAAAGUUAAAGCUGAUGGAGGACAAAGUGCAAAACAGCACUGGCAAACUGCAGGCAGAACAAGACAAAGUCAACACUGUCACUGAAAAACUGAUCGAAGAGAGCAAGAGAGCUCUGCGGUCAAAGGCCGAAUUGGAGGAGAAGAUGUGUAUUGCCGCUAGGGAGAGGGACGAGCUCAAAGCUAAGCUGAAAGCAGAGGAAGAGAAAAACAGUGACCUUCAGUCCAAGGUCAGCAUGAUGAAAAAGCGGCUUCAGUCACUGGAAGCAGUGGAACGAGAGUUAUUGAGGAACAAGGCCAAAGAGGAGCACACAAAGAGCCCAGUUCCUUACCACUACCAACAAGAAGACAACAAAGUGAAAGAUUUGACCCAAGAAGUAGAACGCCUCAGGAGGAAGUUAAAGGAGAUGAAGGCAGUUGAGGGUGAUCUUUUGAAGACUGAAGACGAGUUUGAAUCCCUGGAAAAGAGAUAUUCCAAUGAACAGGAACAAGCAAAAGUCCUGAUGGAGGAGCUGGAGAUGUCCAGGCAGGAACUGUCCAAGUACCAGUUGGCUGAGAAAGAGGAAUCCAACCAAGAGCAUAUCCUCUACAAGCGUCUGAAAGAGGAAGAGGCCAAAUCCAGCCAUCUCACUAGAGAGGUCGAAGCCCUCAAAGAGAAGAUCCACGAGUACAUGGGCACAGAGGAAUCCAUCUGCCGCUUGAAAACAGACCACACGACCCUACAGAGAAAACUCACCCAGCAAGAGGUCAGGAACAAAGAGCUGGCCAGAGAGAUGGAGACCCUUACACGAGAACUCGAGAGAUACCGCCGCUUCAGUAAGAGUCUAAGGCCGGGCAUGAACGGAAGACGUUUCUCAGAUCUCCAAGUCUCCACAAAGGAGGUGCAGACGGACCCAACAGACAGCCUGUCCCCAAAUUACAAGAACCUUGUACCCCUGGAACGCGCCCUGGUCAACGGCAAGCUAUACGUGGAGAGCGAUCCAGAGGACGAGGUUAAUUACAAUGAGAUCAACCUUACAAAAUGCAGUCCAUCACUCAUGAACAAUGUCAACAAUAUCAAUAACAACAUGAGAAGAGUGAGAGGCCCUUUUCUUAAGACUCGAGAAAGUCAGCAUCCAAUAAAUAGCAAGAUGCAACCGAGACAGAACGGUAAUCAUGUUCAACAGGGAGACGUGUUCCUUGCACACAGUCCUGGACAACCCCUCCAUAUCAAAGUAACUCCUGACCACGGGCACAACAUGGCAACUCUAGAGAUCACGAGUCCCACCGCAGAGAACGCCCAGUCCUAUACAAGCACGGCGGUCAUCCCGACAAGCGGUGCCCCUCCAAAACAGCGCAUCACGAUCCUCCAGAACUCACCAAUCUCACCUUCCAACAAACCCAAGGGUUCUCCUCCUCCUCCGGACAGUCCAUGCAGCCCCAGCACGCCCGAUCGCUCCAUGUCGCCGCUCACCAUGGCAGCCUAUUCGCAAACUCUAGCUUCUGAGUCCUGCGGAUCGGUGACCCCGGACCGAGCCAUGUCACCCAUUCAGAUCGUGUCCGUUACCACCGGAAGCCCUGACCGGUUGGAGCCGGCAGAGCUUGUGGGAGGUCAUACGGUUUUCCGCGUGAGCCCGGAAAGGCAGAACAGCUGGCAACUGCAGAGGUCCAACAGCUCAGGUCCAAAUGUCAUUACCACUGAUGACAACAAAAUCCAUAUUCACUUAGGGAGCCCCUACAUUCAAGCCGUAAACACCACAGCCAAAUCCAUCCCCUAUUACUCCCUCGGGCCGGAGCAGAGGAUUCCAGUGUUAACCAAUGGCACUCCAGCCAAAGGCAACAACAAAAUCACAAGCAGCAUUGUGAUAAAGCCCACAUCCAGUCCGAUCUCGCGACCCUCACAAAUUACAAUGCCUCUGGAAUCAUUCCGGCGUCCUGGACCCACCAGGAUUCCCAAACCCAAAGCAUCGAACAGCUCUGUCCAAACCCCACUGAACUCUGGGAAACGUGUGUCUAACAACCUGAAGCUGAUGAACCAGCCUACCAAAUCAUGAGUGAAGCGUCCACAGCAGUCUGACCCAGAGGAGAGACUUUCAUGCUUAUUGUGUUUCAUUUCGAUCACUUCAGGUGCUGUAACGAGACUCUAUAGACUAUAUUGAAAAGUA